GUCUUCCCUGUCGGCCCCGGGCCGAGGCGGCGCCGCGAGCAGAGUCCGGCUGCCUCGUGCGCGCUGCGCGUGUCGCCUUCUCCUCCGCAUCUGCCACCAGGCGCGCCGUCCCCCGCCCCGCCGCCGGCCCCUGGUGCGCCCCGCCGCCUGCGCGCCCAGGAUGUGGUCCAGCCUGAACGAGUGGCUCUGGCACGAAAGGUUCUGGCUGCCCCCCAACCACACAUGGGCUGAACUGGAGGACCCGGACGGCCUGGUCUACGCCCACCCUCGGGACAUGCUGGCCGCCCUGCCCGUGGCUCUGGCCCUGGUAGCCGUGCGCCUCGCCUUCGAGAGAUUCGUCGGCCUGCCCCUGAGCCGGUGGCUGGGGGUGCGGGAUCAGGCCAGGAAGCCGCUGAAGCCGAACCCCACCCUGGAGAAGCACUUCCUCACGGAAGGGGGGAAGCCCAAGGAGCCUCAGCUGGCCCUCCUGGCCGCCCGGUGUGGCCUGACGCUGCGGCAGACCCAGCGCUGGUUCCGGAGACGCCGGAACCAGGACCGGCCCUGCCUGACUAAGAAGUUCUGUGAGGCCAGCUGGAGGUUUGCCUUCUAUCUCUGCUCCUUCCUCGGUGGCCUCUGGGUCCUCUACCACGAAUCGUGGCUGUGGACGCCAGCGAUGUGCUGGGACAAUUACCCAAACCAGCCCCUCAAGCUGGCCCUGUACCGCUGGUACCUCCUGGAGCUGAGUUUCUACACCUCCCUGCUGAUCACGCUGCCCUUCGACAUCAAGCGCAAGGAUUUCAAGGAGCAGGUGGUCCACCACUUCGUGACCAUCACCCUGAUCACCUUCUCCUACAGCGCCAACCUGCUGCGCAUCGGCUCUCUGGUGCUGCUGCUGCACGACUCCUCCGACUACCUCCUGGAGGCCUGUAAGAUGUUCAACUACACACACUUCCGGAGGGUGUGCGACACCCUCUUCGUCGUCUUCUCCUUGGUCUUCUUCUACACCCGCCUCGUGCUCUUCCCCACCCAGAUCAUCUAUACCACCUACUACGAGUCCAUCGCCAACUCGAGCCCCUUCUUUGCCUACUAUUUCUUCAACACGCUCCUGGCGGUCCUACAGCUGCUACACGUGUUCUGGUCUUACCUCAUCCUUCGCAUGCUCUACAGCUUUGUGAAGAAGGGCCAGAUGGAAAAGGACGUUCGCAGCGACGUGGAGGAGUCAGACUCGAGUGACGGGGAGGCGGCCCAGGAGCACCCGCAGCUGAAGAACGGGGAAGCUCCCACGGACGGCCCUCGGAGGCGGGCAGCCGGGCGGCUGGUCAACGGGCACACGCCGGCCACGUAGCUGGCCAAGGACCGGCCGUGAGGGGCUGCCCCCAGCACCAGGCGGUUUGAAUUUGUGGGGCAGCUGGACUGGUCAGUGGAGACAGAGAGGGCCCCACCCAGGGUCGGGGGGGCUGAUGAUCUGUCUCCAUCCCCCUCUUUCUGCCCACCCUCCCUCCUUCCCUCAGGCAACUGGACAGAGCUGGGGGCACUGGCAGCAGCGGGAGGCUGCAGCCCGUCAGAGCCACCUCUAGGCUGCAGCCUGGGGCCUGUGAAGAGCCCCGAGCUGAAAGGGGUCCAAUAAAACUUGAACGGAACAGAA